AUGCGGCGGGAAGAGUUACUGCAGGUGUUGCUGGUCCGCUUUGUGGACCCAAACCGGGAGGAACAAGAUUGGCUGAUGAUUGCGGCGCUUUUUUAUUCACUCACGAGACUUUUUCUUUCCGCCCAGCGCGUGGAGCGGCUCUACUACAAGUACCUUCAAAUGCAUGGGAGUUGUGCCGCGAUGAAGGCCGCUUGCAAAGGGUACGAGGCAGAAGUUGAGGAGAGGCUUCGGCAACGCGUGGCGGGGGGCAACAGUCUAGUCGCUUCAAUGGCGAUGGGGGGUCGUCACUUAAGCAUCAGUUCCCCAACGACGUCGCGUGGUGCGGGAAUGCUGACACCGUCUGCUCCCGCGGGUGUCGCUGUUCAUUCAAGCAGCGGCAGUGUGGAAUGUGGGUCUUUAGCUAAUUUGUUUCUUCCGUCGCCGAAGGGUGGGGGACGUAGUGUAGACGACGGGAGCUUUGCGGGAGGGGCGGCGCUGCGUCAUUUAACGCCAGAGCAGCGUGAGCAUUGGCACCGUUUGCGGCAGGAGCCCAUCAGUCCCGAUGUUCUCAUUGCCCUUGUGCAGAGAUUUUCACUGGUGGAGGGUGCCGGGGUAUUUUUGGCACCGGUGCAUCCCUCGACAAUCAUGGAAUUUAACGGGGCUCGCUCAGGCCCGUACGGCACCGUUAUCAUGCACCCGCUUUCGCUGAUGUGCAUCAAAAGGAGGAUUUUGGCAUCCCGAAGAGACUACGAGCCACGCCAACCGGAGAAGAGGGCGUCCGUGACGGAAAUGUUAGUGGACGGGGGAAAUGUAACAACACGGAAGCGGGGACGUGUGACGGCGGCUUCGGUUGUGGAAAGAAAUGAGUCGAUGCGUAAAAAGUUAUCAAGAGAAAGCGGCGACGACGAUGCAGGUGUGAUUCGGACCCUUCAGGAGCUUGAGCAGGCUGUGUGGCAUAUUGCUGCCAAUUGCGUUGCCUUUAAUGCCCCCGAAUCCUAUUACCCUUUCACGGCUAGAACGUUCGCACUUGCGUGCACAGGGAUCAUUGAAGAGUACUGCAUGCAGCAUUUGCGUGGUGCAUGA